AAAGAGAAGUAGUAAAAAAUGAGAAAUGUUCAAUAGAGUAUAUGUCCUGGGAAGCAAUUUAUUUCAUUAUCAAUUUUUUCCUUUGCUUCUCCUAAUAUGUUAAACCGCAUAUAAAUGUUUUAUUUUAGUGAAUACAUACCAUUAUUAACGUAAUUAUUUUGUCAUUUUAGUAUUGCGGCUGUAUUUGUUAAAGUUUUUUUGUUAAUAGCCAUGAUGCUCCGCAUUCGAAAAAAGCUGGCUUCUCUCUACCCUGCAUAUGUCCUUGCUAUAGUCUCUAUAGGUUACGUACUAGGAGAAUUGGGUCAUUAUAUGAUAGGAGUGACAAGUAAAGCUAUAGCUAUGGAUCUUCAUUAUGGUGACAUUGCAUGCCAACUAAAUAGCACAGACUACUAUCUAAGCGAACUACCAGUAGUUUGUUCAGAUGCCAAUGACUCAGACACCUGUCAAUCCCUGGUUAUGGAAGGUGAGCCUUAUUGCGAAUGGACAUACAACGGACUAGGGUUGGACUACCAAAUUUUGGCAGGGCCUAGCUUCAUUGCUGUAUUUACAAUUGUUGGGGUCUUCAUGGGAUAUCUAGCAGACAAAUUUAAUAGGGUAAAAAUGUUGGGCAUAUGCACAGUGAUAUUUUCAAUAGCUAUUAUAAUAAGCGGUGCAGUGACAGAGUACUGGCACUUAGUGGUUUUGAGAAUGAUUAUGGCAGCUGGGGAGUCUGCUUGUAACCCACUGAGUACAGGCAUUCUUUCAGACAUAUUUCCAGAAAAAAAACGAGCUUUGGUUAUGUCAAUAUUUAACUGGGGAAUAUACGGGGGAUACGGAAUUGCCUUUCCUGUUGGAAGAUAUGUCCCUCCAGUAAAUGCAUGGGGUUUAGGAUGGCGAGUAUGCUACUAUGGUGCAGGUAUUGUUGCUCUUAUAUUUGGGUUUCUAACCAUGUUUACCCUAAAAGAACCAGAAAGGCAAUCGAUUGGUGAAGAUGCGGCUGGGGAUAAUACAGACGCUAAGAAAAUUACCAUUUGGACUGUAAUGGCUGAACCCAGAAUUAUAAUGUUAUGCCUUGCAGCGUCUAUCAGGCACUGUGGUGGAAUGUGUUUCGCAUAUAACUGCGACUUGUAUUAUCAAAUCUAUUUUCCUGAUUAUGAUUUAGGUUGGUGGUUAUUCGCAGUAACCAUUAUUAUAGGAAGUAUCGGAGUUGUAGUUGGAGGUAUAGUGUCCGACAAAUUUGUAGCUAAAAUGGGAAUUCGAUCCAGAGUAAUUAUUUUGGCUGUGAGCCAAAUACUAGCAACACCAUUUGCAUUUGGUAGUGUAUAUUGUGAACCUGUUGGAGCAAUGAUUACUUUGGGAGUCUCGUAUUUCUUCGCUGAAAUGUGGUUCGGAAUACUUUUUGCCAUAUUGGUGGAAAUAGUACCUCUUCAUGUAAGAUCCACCACGGUUGGAGUUUUUUUAUUUGUAAUGAAUAAUAUUGGUGGAAACCUGCCUAUCGCCGUAGAACCAGUGUCAAAAUCUAUUGGCUAUAGAGAAAGUUUAUACAUCUUUUAUGUUGCUUUUUAUUUGAUUAGUUCUCUUCUGUUUCUUUUAACAGUAUUUCUUAUGCCCGGUACCACUCCCAAAGAACCACUCCCAACCCCAGCAAAAGAUCUCUCAGGCAUUGACAAUGUAGUUUACACAAACGACGAGGUUCACUUACCAACCAUUACUUCUCUUGUACGACGAAAUGGUAGUGAGAAUAGCAGGCUGUAAUAAAAUUGUAAAUUCAGAUGUAAUAAUUUUUCAGAAUCAGAAAAUAUACAUUCAAUGUUCUUAAAAA